AUGGCGGGUCUUUUUAAUUUUAGCUCACCUGUUGACAUUGAUGUACGAUUUGCCGGAGAAGAGAAUAGAAAAUUAGUGGAGGUAAAAUUAGAUAAAGACCGUCGAGAGAAAUUCCCGUUAUACUAUGAUGGUGAAACUGUUUCCGGUAGGGUUACCAUUAGACCUCGAGACGGUAAAAGACUUGAACACCAAGGCAUCAAGAUAGAAUUUGUGGGAAACAUCGAGUUGUUCUAUGAUCGCGGUAAUCACUACGAAUUUACGGCAUUGGUUCAAGAAUUGGCUGUACCUGGGGAGAUGCGCCAGCCACAAUCUUUUGACUUUGAAUUUAAAAAUGUUGAAAAGCCGUACGAAAGCUAUCACGGGAUAAAUGUAAAAUUGAGAUAUUUCGUUCGUGUGACAGUUUCGAAACGGAUAACAGAUAUUGUGAAUGAGAAAGACAUAUGGGUGUAUUCGUAUCGAAUGCCACCGGAGAGCAAUAGCUCUAUCAAGAUGGAGGUCGGAAUCGAAGAUUGUUUGCACAUUGAAUUUGAGUACAACAAAUCAAGAUAUCAUCUUAAAGAUGUGAUUGUAGGAAAAAUUUACUUUCUUCUGGUUCGAAUAAAGAUCAAGCACAUGGAAUUAUCGAUUAUUCGUAGGGAAACGACAGGGGCUGCUCCAAAUCAAUAUAAUGAGAGCGAGACGAUCACCAAAUUUGAGAUUAUGGAUGGUGCACCAGUACGUGGCGAGACAAUUCCCAUUCGUCUGUUCCUUGGGGGGUUCGAGUUGACACCCACUUUCCGUGAGGUAAACAAAAAAUUUUCCACGCGUUAUUACCUCAAUCUAGUACUUGUUGAUGAGGAAAACCGGAGAUAUUUUAAACAACAGGAAAUCACUAUUUUUAGAAGAAGAGUAGAUGAUGGUCCUACACCCGUAGAGGAUGAACCAAAAGUGUAA